GUAGCCCCCAACGAGAAAAGCGGAACCAUUUAAAGCCCGACCCGCAGCCACCUGUACGGCCGCGAUUGAAUGCCACCUCUACAGAGUCCCAAUCAGUGAGCUGGUCACGCAUGGCUCCGUCACCGCGCGUAGCACUAAACCGCUGGGCUGGAUCGUCCCCUUCUGCCCUUUUUCCCGGCAAAAGAGUGAAGGAGAGAGAGCAUCGCAGUGUCUGCGAUUCGCAUCUUUCCUGCUGUCGCGAUCGCAGCGCUUUGCAUUUCCUUCCGUUUCCAUGGUGGGUACUUCUUCGAUCGUCGCGGCGUGUUUGCCUCGCGCGCUCGAGUUUCGCCGGGACCGGAGAGCGAUCGGCCUUUGACUCGCGGUCGCGUUUUGCUUCGAUAAGCCGAUGAGGGAGCGGCGGUGGGCGCGCUGGGCUUGGGGGUGGGCGGUGGUCGGAUGGCUGAUUUCGCUCGGCGCCUCCGUCGCCGGGGCCGGAGAGGAGAGGGCGGUGUCCCGAAUCGCCUUCGGAUCGUGCGCGAACCAGAGCGCACCCCAGCCUAUCUGGGAUGCAAUCAUCCAGUUUGAUCCUCAGGUGUUCAUUUGGCUGGGUGACAAUAUAUAUGGAGAUAUAAAGCGUCCUUUUCAACUGUUCGGCGAAGAAAGGACGGUAGGACCAUGGAAGAAUGUCCCGAGAUUUGUUCCUUCACCUGAGCAAGAGAUGGAGUCCAGAUACGAGAGAGCUAAGACUAAUCCCGGUUAUUCUCGUCUUCGACAGAAUGCUAAGGUAAUUGGCACUUGGGAUGACCAUGAUUAUGGACUGAAUGACGCAGGAAAGGAAUUUGGUGGGAAAGUCACUAACCAAAGACUUCUCCUCAACUUCUUAGAUGAACCCAAGGAUAGUCCCAGGCGUAAGCAAGCAGGCGUUUAUGCAUCAUAUACAUUCGGUCCUGUGGGUAAGCAAAUAAAGGUCAUUCUUCUAGAUACAAGGUAUCAUCGAGAUCCUUUGUUUAGUGAUGGAAGCAUCUUGGGGUCGGAACAAUGGACAUGGUUAGAGAAAGAGUUGAUGGGGCCAGCAACAGAGUUAACUAUAAUUGGAUCUUCCAUUCAGGUCAUAUCAAAUCUUUCGGCUGCAACUGGCCCUGUGUUUUACCUGGAAGCUUGGGGACGUUUUCCAAAGGAGAGGGACCGGCUAUUUAAAUUAAUUGCGGAGAGUAAGAGAGAUGGUGUGUUCUUCAUAAGUGGAGAUGUUCAUUUUGGAGAAAUUGCGAGAUAUGACUGUGGGGUUGGUUAUCCAUUGUUUGACAUUACUUCUAGUGGUCUUACACAAGCUGUGGAGAAGGCUGUCCCACCUCCAUUAAACAUUGUAGUGAGAUUUGUGGCAUGGUUGACGCCAAGUACUAUGAGGGUGAUGAGCCGUAACUGCAGAUUCAGUUCAUGCACUUUUGGUCAACCCAAUUUUGGCGCAAUUGAGAUACAUUGGGGCGAAAACCCAGUGAAAUUGAUUAUUCAAGUGAGAGAUAUUUAUGGACACCAUGUAACGAGUGUCAAUGUUUCGUUGUCCGAACUGAAAGCAUACAACGGGAAACCUGCGGCUGCCGAUGCCGCUGGAGGGUAUAAAAGGCACUGUUCUCUGGAAGUUGCCUUACCAUGGAUUAUCAGAUAUCGCUUGGCAAUUUUGUUUUAUUGCGCCGUAGCUGUAUUUUUUCUUGCUUUUCUUGGAAUUGCCUAUGAAGUUGGAUCACUCUGCUGGAAGUGUCUCCGGAAGUACAAGCUUGAUUGAUGGUUACCAGGGCCAACUUCUAUUAAGUUGUUGGGCUUCUACAGCCGUUAAACCCAGUUUAUAGCUUUCUAGCAGCAUCAUAUACAGUUACAGAUGCCUCCAUUUCUUCUGACGGACAGCCGGACUAACAACAUUUGUCAUCUUCGAUACUUUUUCACAAUUCUUAAGGUGUGACGUAGAAGAUGAGCCACAUGCACAGUCCCAGGCUGCAGUCUCGGACAGUAGCAGCACCGGAAAAGUCGCAUUGUCCUGCAAUGACCUAGUUUUAGUUUCUAGGUUAUUAAUCCAUGUUAACCCACUUGUGCUUGCGUCGGUAUGAUGCUCGGAACAAUGGGAAAUGAGACGUUUUUUAAAUGGAGUGAACGUCACUCUUGGUUUUUGAAUACUAUUCUGCUAAUUUUAAAGUAAUUUCUAAA